UGAUUUUAUAAUUUCUGUCGUAGUUGACCUCAGAUUCGCUUACGUUUUUUGCUAUCAAUCGAUGCGUGUACGCGGAUAGUGGAUCAUUCAUUAUUUUAUUUGGGUUGAGCCCUCAUAACAAAAAAUAUACUGUACUCGAAAGUGAAUUACACCGUAACAAUGUUCAUCUUGGCGACUUCUUAAUGCCUGCUUGAUUAAUGAAACAACAUUGAAGUUAUUCCAAAAAUGCUCUCAUCCUAAUGAUGAGAACGUUAGUGUCGUACAAAACUACGCAUAUUUGAGAUUCCCAUCUGCAGAGGCAACGUUUGAUAACAACGGAUCUUUAAUUUUUAACACAAGAAACUUUGGACCAAUAGUAUCAUCUGAUCAGAAUUUAUCUCCCGGAAGAUAUGAUAUUGUUAUCAAAGCAACGGGGCAAUUAGAAAAGGGUGACAUCCCCUUGUGUGCUGAUGUUAUUGAUGAAGCCAACUUUUAUGAAGAACCAAGAAGUAAACUAUCCCGAAAGGGUAUUUCAAGAUACCCAACUAUAAAAUCUCACCGUUCAAACUCACCAUCCGAUGGUGCAUAUGAAUAUAUUGAUGUGAUUUAUCCAGGCGAUCAAGAGUAUGAACAUCUUGAACAUUUUAAUACAAUUCCUUGGAAAUGCAGCUGCCGGAGAGGAAGGUUCGCCACCGAUGUCUCAAGAAAAUGAGAAGCUUUGUGUAAGAAAAUGAGAAGCUUUGUGGAAAUGAGAAGCUUUGUGAAAUUAAUCAUUAUGUACCUUGUCCUCCAAGAGCAGGUAUUAAUUCCACACAAAAAACCAUUGGAUGCGUGUAUAGAAAAUGUAACCCAAAUGUGAAGGGUACCAAUUGCUUUGUUAUUUUUCCCCGAUAAACCGUCUUUUAGGCUACGAGAUUAAUCAAUGGUGGAAGAAUGUAACAUAUGGAGAACCUGGAUCCGCCUGCGACCCCGAUCGCCACAACAACGAUGGUCUCUGCUCAUUGGGUGCUCCGACAACCACGACUACAACUACUACACCCAAACCGCCUCCAGCUACUCCGAAGCCUGAUCAGAAGGAUCCAAAGGACGAUGCCAAAUCUGCAUCUGGUGGACCUUCGAAUAUUGAAUAGAAUAUGAUUGUUAAUUAAUUAUUUUUAUUGGAACAUUUUUGAGAUUUUUGUUGGAGAACAGGAAACCUUGAAUUUUUGGAUUAAAUACUUCAAAAUUUAUA